AGUAUGUGUCCACUGGAGGCCGCUACAACGGUAACUAACCCUCGCUUUACCAGCAAGUGGACUGGCAGCUCAGUCAGAACAGGAAUGACGUAAACCAGUCUCUCCCCCGUCGGUACAGCAGCAGCCACGGCUGUCAUGUCACAACAUAAUGUGGCUAACGGCUGUAAACUGGUCGCUGUGUUUUUUCUUUGGCUCGGCUUCGGUGCACGUUGAGCAGCCGGCACAGAGAUCUGCUGAGCUGGAGGAGUUGGUAAUAGUGAUUCAGAGUCAGAGGAACUCCUACCAUGUCCAACGCAGUUACCAAAGGAAGGAGGAGAUUCUGCAGGAGGCAGCUAAUCUCGGGCAGGGGGUUCCAGUGGUUCUCCUCCUCCAUGAGCUGUCAGAUUAUGAGGGAAACUGGAGCAUCCUUCCUGCGCUUCCGCUUCUCUCUGCUAUUUAUGGAGAAUCGGCAUCCUGGUUUCUCUUCAUAGAAGAGGAAACCACGGCCAUUUUGCGUGUUCUGCUGAAAGUUCUUAAAAGAUAUCCAGUCCAAGAGGAAUGGUUUUUGGGUCAGCGUCUCCAUGACAACAAGCCCUCCAUUGUUCACCACUACGCCUUUUCUGAAGACCCCACUUCUUUUGGUUACCCUGACCCGGCAGCAGGAUGGGCUCUAAGUGCUCCGCUGUACCAGAGACUCGCUGAGCGGAUUCAAUAUGAGAAUCUGAAGUCGGAUUUCACAAUUGACCUGACCCACGAGAUUGCUCUGUUUAUUUGGGAGGAUGGAAGAGGUCCAAAGCUGACAUCAGUUCCAGAGUUUUGUACAGAGACAAGGGACAACUGUGCGACCACAUUUACAACCUACCUGCCCAACUGUGGGGAUCCUGUAUCAAAAACCGAUAUAUUUGUUGCUGUGAAAACCUGUGAAAAAUUUCAUUCUGUGCGAAUACCAGUGGUGAAAUCCACCUGGGAAAAAGACGCUACUCAUUUAGAGUAUUAUAGCGAUGUUACUGAUGCCUCUAUACCCACUAUCAAGCUGGGUGUGCCCAAUACUGAGAAAGGACACUGUGGGAAGACAUUUGCCAUCUUGAGGCAUUUUCUGAGUGAAGCCAUGCCGAAGGUUGAUUGGCUCCUCAUAGUUGAUGAUGAUACUCUCAUCAGUUUGCCCCGGCUACGGCGUCUGCUGCGAUGUUACGACCCAAAGGAAGCAGUGAGCCUGGGAGAACGAUAUGGGUAUGGACUGAUGCAGAAUGGAUACAGCUACGCCACAGGAGGAGGAGGGAUGGUACUUAGUAGGAUGGCGGUGUCCAGCCUGGUCUCUAGUGGCUGCAGCUGCUACAGUGAUGAUGCUCCUGAUGACAUGAUCCUAGGAAGGUGCUUCACUUCCAUUGGAGUUCCCAUCACACACAGUCCGCUGUUCCACCAGGCCCAACCGGAUGACUAUUUGGGAACACGGAUUAACCCGCAGCACUCCAUCUCCUUCCACAAGCAUUGGAAUAUAGAUCCUGUUGCGGUCUACAGAAACUGGUUUCAGGACUCGCACCUAAGAGAUGAACUGUGAUGAAAAUCUUCACAAGAAAAUUGGUCAAAGAGGCCCUAUUGCGUUUUUCAGAAAAAAAUACUGGAACACAGCAAUGGCAAAUAAGCCCAGAACCUUGCAAGAGUUGAACCUUUUCACAUUUUAUGAUAGACCAACACAAAUUAGUGCAUAAUUUUGAAGUGGAAGGAAAAUGAUGCAUAAUGAUUCAUUGUUUUCAAUGUUUUUUAGUAAUAAAAAUGUGUUGCACCUUUGCUUUCACUACCCUUUUUUAAGAUACCCCAAUCAGGGUUUCUAUGCUGUCUGUAAACGUAUGGGAUCUCAUUACACGAUUUUCUAGGUCUGGAUAAGAAGAGAGAGUAUGGAAAAAUAUUUGUCCUUCCAAACUUUAUUCCCUAGUGUUCUUUAUUCCAUAAUAUUCUCUAGCUUAGUCCUUCAGACUCAAUAUCACUGUUUGUCUAGAUAAAGAUUGAAGAACAGGCCAUUUAACAUUUUCCAUACAAAGCGCCGUGUGUGCUGUGAAAAACUAAGACUGCACAGCACACUAAACCUGAAUAUACCAUCCCCAGCCUGAGACAUGGUAGUGACAGCAUCAUGCUGUGGGUAUGCUUUUCUUCAGCAGGUAUAGGAAAGCUGAUUAAUGUUGAUCAGAAGAUGGAUGGAGCGAACAGCACAAUACUAAAAGAAAAAAUGUUUUAGAGGCAAUAGAAGACUUAAAAACAUGGCAAAAGCUCACACUUGAGCAGAGCAACAACCUUAAACAUACAGAUGAAUGCUCUAAAUCUGUAAAGCUUUCAGUUUCCUAUAGGUCUGGAUUAAACCAAGGAGUAAGUCUCCUCUGACUAAUUACCUUGUUUUUUAGAAAGACUAUAUUAUCUAGUGCUACACAUAUUGAACAUUUUUCACUUUUAACGAUGAAUGUGUGGGUAUAAGUUGUGCCCUCUGCUGUAUUUCUGUAAUACUGAGUAAAUUAACAAUUAUUUAAUGUGUUUAAAGCAUUGUCUGAUUAAGAUCCACUGUAAUGGCAGUUUUUCUGAGAUCCAGUGAGUCAGUCAGGUUAUACUCAAAGAGUAUUAAAGCUAGUCAGAAAAGGUAGGGUUGUGAGGAAAUGCACAUUCUAUGCAAUAUGGCUAGAUUAAGAGAAAGUAGGUCUGUGAAAAUGUUUGGUAAAAUGUUAGUGUGACUAAAUAAAUGAGUCAAGAAAUAGGAGAGCUGAAAGAAUUCAGGGUAAGAUCCCAGUGGGCAUUGCAAAACAACUAAAACAACAAGUGUUUUUUGCACUAUGCAUUUUGGAGUAGAGAAACUGAGAAUUCAAAAAAUUUAAAAUGUUUCUAGUAAUUAACUAAUAAACCUGAUUGAAUGAUGGUCACUGUUCCUCCUCAGAUAAACAUUUUGAAAAUUUUGAAUUAUGAGUUAGGAUGGACCAUAAGAAAUCUUAUUAAAAGGUAGUUGGACAAAAUCUAAUCCUAGCACGUGAUCAGCUCUUUCAUGGGGAGCCUGGAGAAGCCCUGUUUUAAUAGAGUAAUGUUUAUUAUGAAAUGAACUUUGGAUUGAUUUGUGUAGAUUAUGUAGAAGAAGAAUUUAGUGUAGCAUAUAGAAAAAAUAAGAUAUGUGUCUAACAGUUUUGAUGAUUAUAGAUGGAGAUCAUAUGUUCUCCCUGCGCAGGUGUAUUACGGCUUCAUUCUACAGUGUAAAACACGACUGUUAAGUUAACUGGUCUCUAAACUGCCACUAGGCGACAGUAUCUUCUUGCCUCUCUGUCAGACAUUCCACCCAAAUUUUUACAGACUGAUAGAUGUCAGUGAUCUUAUUUCUCACCUACCGGUAAUCUUGAUUUUUUUUAUAUGGUGUAUUUGGUCAGAAAUCUUUCAGCCUACUUCAUGUUGUCAGACAGGUUUUAUUUAAGUGGUUUAUUUUUGUUCUACAGGUUUUGCAGUAAUCAGGACAUGGUGUGGCUUGUGAAACUGUACCAGAAAUGUGGCUAACCACAUUUAACUAUUGAUUUAACAAGGGUGGCAAUUAUAUUUUUGCAUACAUAGAUCCAGGAUCCAGGUUUGGAUAAUCCUUUUCUCUUAAUAAAUCAUUAGUUGAAAACUACUUUUUGCAUUUACUCAGCUAAGCUUUGACUAAUAUGAAAACUUGCCUUAUCUGAGAGAUUUAAAUGUGAGUAAAGGCAGAAAAAAUCUCUAAAGGGAGAUAUUUUUUUACAGCAUGAAGCUGCAAAUUUAUGUGAUUUAGAGUGGGCACAUAAAUGUUUUGGUGCUCUUAAUAAAUGGUGUUUUUUUAUGAA